ACAUCCAUCGUGCAGCGUUUGGCAGCGCUCGCCCGUGCUCGAACCAUGAAAAUCCAAAGAAACGCUUCUUCUGGUCUUCCCUCCUACCCUGCUCUUCUUUUGUUCUGACGAAACGAAACAGUUGUGUCCUUCCCAACAGUACGUAGCCGCAGAAUGGCCGCGCUCCAAACGGCGGCUCUGCUGCUGCUACUUGUGCUGGCCGUCGCCUCCGAGGCCGCGGAGCCGCCGCAGCAAGAGCGGACAGCGCUCCAGGAGUUCCUGCUCGGCACGCCGCACGAGCGCUCGCUGGGGUGGAACUCGCCGUCGGCACCCUCGGCGUGCCUCUGGUUCGGCGUCACCUGCGACGCGGCCAACGCCACGGUCGUCGCGGUUCGCCUGCCCGGCGUCGGCCUUGUCGGUGACUUCCCCGCCGGCACGCUCGGCAAGCUCACGUCCCUGCACACCCUCUCCCUCCGCUCUAACCGCCUCUUCGGCGCCGUGCCCGGCGACAUAUUCUCUCUUCUCAACCUCCACUCGCUCUACCUCCAGAACAACCGCCUCUCCGGCGCUGUCCCGCCAGAGCUCGCCGGACUCACGGCGCUCCGGCACCUGGCGCUGUACGACAACGAGUUCUCCGGCGAGAUACCAGCCGCGCUCGACGGCCUGGCAGAGCUCCGUUCGAUAAGGCUGGAUGGUAACCGUCUCUCCGGCAGCAUCCCGAGCCUGAGCGGCCUCCGGCGGCUCGAGGUGUUCAACGUGUCCGAAAACCAGCUCGACGGCGCCAUCCCAGCCUUCCUCGCGCGGUUCCCGCCCGAGUCAUUCGCCGGAAACCCCGGGCUCUGCGGCGAGCCCCUCGACAGUCCCUGCCCGGUAUCGUCAAGAAAGAAGAAGGGGCUAUCCGGCGCGGCGAUCGCGGCCAUUGCCGUAGGAGCAGCGGCGGCCGCGCUGCUCGCACUCGUCCUGCUCGUCCUCUGCUUCGUCCGCCGGCGCCGGGACGCGGCUGCCACCGGCGACAACAACGGUAACAAAGCGACGUCCACGCCGACGCAGGACAGAGGGUUCACGCCGUCGCCGGUGUCCGGCGAGAUGACCGACCUGGCCGACCUGACAUCCUCAAAAGACCUCGUCCCGUCGGCGGGGGAGACGACGACUCGCCGGCUGGUGUUCGUGGGCGCCGGCGCCGGCGGCUACAGCUUCGACCUGGAGGACCUGCUGCGCGCGUCGGCGGAGGUGCUGGGGAAGGGCAGCGCCGGGACGACGUACAGGGCGGUGCUAGAGGACGGGGCGACGGUGGUGGUGAAGCGGCUCAAGGACGUGGUGGCGGCGCGGCGGGAGUUCGCGUCCGCAUUGGAGGCGCUGGGGCGGGUGGAGCACCGCAACCUGCUCCCCGUCCGCGCGUACUACUUCUCCAAGGACGAGAAGCUCCUCGUCGCCGACUACCUCCCCGCCGGCAGCCUCGCCGCGGCGCUCCACGGAAGCCGAGGAUCCGGGCAAACACCGAUGGACUGGGACGCGCGUGCACGGGCGGCGCUGUGCGCGGCGCGUGGGAUGGCGCAUCUUCACGCGGCGCAUGGCCUUGUCCAUGGCGACGUCAAGUCCUCAAACCUGUUGCUCCGGCACGGCGGCGACCCUGACAACGCCGCCGCGCUCUCCGACUACUCCCUGCAGCACCUCUUCGCCCCGCUGCCGCCGUCCGCGCGUGCCGGCGGAUACCAUGCGCUGGAACUGGUGGACCCGCGUCGGCCGACGUUCAGCUCGGACGUGUACUCCCUUGGGGUGCUCUUCCUCGAGAUCCUCACCGGCAAGUGCCCAGCUUCGGGGACGGCCGGCGUGGACGGCGGUGGCGUGGCGUUGGACCUGCCUCGGUGGGUGCAGUCGGUGGUGCGGGAGGAGUGGACGGCGGAGGUGUUCGACCAGGAGCUGGUGCGGCUAGGAGGCGGCGCGGAGGAGGAGAUGGUGGCGCUGCUGCAGGUGGCCAUGGCAUGCGCGGCGACCAUGCCUGAUGCCCGGCCGGAGGCGACGGAGGUGCUGAAGAGGGUCGAGGAGAUCGGCGGAGGUCGGCACGGGCGGGCCACGACGGAGGAGGAGGGAUCAUGGGGCACGCCGACCGGUGCAUCACCGUGACUCACCUACCGGGAUGUAAUGAAGGCAGCACAACACAACAAAUGUACUGAAUGCAUUCGCAAAAAAAAAUGUCAUGGUAAAAUGCAUACGUGUACCUAAGCAUAGGGGUCUGUUGUUUUUUUUCGAUCAGAUCAGAUAAUGCUACACCUUCAUUGCCUUAUCCUGUAUGGCUAAUCACUUCCUCCGGUGAAUGCAAAUGUAAGCAUUUUUUUUU